UUCAUGAUCUGAGUAAAAAUAUUUCUUAACAUGAGAAACGAAGCCGAGAUCUUCUGCUCUCCUGAUUCUCAUUGAUGGUGUUUCUCAAUAGUGUGAUUCUGCAACGAGGUUCAUGUUCAAAAUGAGUUUCAUUCGGGAACAAAACCAGCAUGUGUGCGUUGAGUGACACGUAAUCUCACGGCGUUUGCAGCACACCUGUCCGAUUCACACACCCUCGGCGUACAAGAACACAACCCCUGGGCUUCUGCGUCGCUUCUCACCGUCUGUCCAUGUUUAGUAGAGUCGGCAUGUUUCUCAUUGUGUUCUCUUUGUUAACUGUGUGUGUGACCGCAGACCAUAAAGAGAACGGAUCCAUCCUCAGACUGAAGGAUGUUCCUGAGGCCCAAGCCUUCAUCGACUCGGUAGAAGUAGCUGUAAUCGGCUUCUUUGAGACUGAAGCUGCUCACGGAUAUAAAGAGUUUCUGGCUGCUGUUAAACAGAUGGAGACACUUCCUGUUGCUCUGUGCAGUGAAAAGGAAGUUUGGGCCAAAUAUGGCAUCGCCUCCGACACCAUCUCCAUCUUCAGGAAGGCUGAUCUUCAUCAGGAACACCUGAAGCUCUCAGAGGCCAAGAAAAUUGAUGGCGAUGGACUCGCACGCUUCAUGACCAUCAAUAACAUUUAUUACGUCACAGAAUAUAAUCAAGCGACUGCAGUGGGUCUGUUCCAGUCUGUGGUGAAGACGCACCUGCUGCUGAUGGCUGAUAGAGGGCGCACUCACUCGGAGCCCCUGCAGCAGAUCUUCAGAAAUCUUGCGCCAAAAUAUGCUGGCAAGAUGUUGUUCGUGCUGGUAAACGGAAGAGAGAAGUCGAACGCCCGCGUGCUGGAAUACUUCGGCCUGAAGUCUGGUGAUCUGCCGCGGAUCGGCCUUUACGAUGGUGUCUCGGACAAGAAGUGGCUCCUGGCGGCGGGUGAAAUCACUACUGAGCGCGUGCAGGACUUCUGUGACUCCUUCCUGGAUGGAGAACUGCAGAAGCAGAAAGAGGAGACACCCGAAGACAAGACUGAACUAUAACACCAUCCUCUUCCUCAUUAAAAAUAUUA